GGGUCUGCUCAACACGAAGCAUCACUUACAUGGUUCUCCUCGAUCUCUCUACGUAAAGCCUGCAAAUAAAGGCCAGGUCAUGCUUCGCCCAUAUUUUCACGCAUAAAAGGUUAAGAUACGUGAACGUGAGGAGGUAUUUAUUUGCUUGUGAAAUGUUGGGCCAAAUACGUUGCGGAAUGAUACUUUAGACUCAACACCUUUCCCUUGCUCUCUCGCUCCUGACGAGCACUUCCGUGCUUGAAUCUACCUUCUGCUUGCUUCUCGGUGUCGAGAUCUACACCAACAGCGAAGUGUGACAACUCAUCACAGUUCAUCCCGGUUCUUCCAUAUUUAUUGUGGUUAUCUUUUCAUAUUCGAAGUCAAUGUCUUGGAUAAGGGAGCGUAAGCUAACAUGGGUGCAGAAACUAGCAGUUGGGAUUUUAAAAACUGGAGAAAUCCCGAAGCAUUUAGCAGUAAUCAUGGACGGCAAUAGGCGGUUUGCAAGAAAACAGAAUAUGCAAAGUCUGGAUGGCCACAUUCAUGGAUUUGAUAAACUGUCCGAGGUUCUAUUCUGGUGCCUCGAACUUCAAAUCACAGAAGUCACUGUCUACGCAUUCAGUAUAGAAAACUUCAAACGUUCAAAAGAUGAAGUAGAUGGUUUGAUGGAGCUGACUCUCGAGAAACUUGAGCAGCUGCUUAAUGAAAUGGACAAGAUACAUGAAAAAGGGGUCUGCGUGAGAGCUCUGGGAAACCUGUCAUAUCUUCCAGUGAAUAUACAACGUGUGAUAGCGGAUGUAGUGCUGCAGACACAGAGUAACUCCAGGUGUUACCUCAACAUUUGUGUGUCGUACACAUCAAGGGACGAGAUUUGUCACGCUGUUCAAGAAAUUGCAGGUGGAGUUCAGAGAGGAAUCUUACACCCAGAAGAUGUCACGGAGGAAGUCUUGAGCAGUGCCCUGUACAGCCGCAAAGGCAGUGAUCCGGACCUGCUGAUCCGCACUUCUGGAGAAGUCCGCCUCAGCGAUUUCCUUCUCUGGCAGAGCAGCCAUUCCAUCUUGGAGUUCGUCUCUGUACUAUGGCCAGAAUUUUCAAUCUGGCACCUGUGUGCUGCUGUGCUCUGCUACCAAAAGCACAAGGCUGCGAUUAAGCAACUCUACAAGCCAAAUACCGAAGUGAGGUCGUGCUCUCAAGAGUCCAUAGAGAGGGUCAAGAGGUUCAUGGAUUAUACGGAGCAGAAGUGGCAGAGACAGCUGAAAGACAUGCAGUCUGGCAACACUACACAGCUCGCGAUAACUGCAUAUCGAUGAGAUUUAUAUUGUGAAACUUAUGGCUAUGAGAUGAUUAUUAAAAAUGCUAUUUUUUUUUUA